AUGUGCAUUGAAUGGAGAGCCAUAUACCAAUGGGAAAAUGUUAUGCCAGACCAUCAGUGCUACGAGCAUAAAGUCAAGAGCUGCGCUGUAAAAGUCGCCAAUCCAGACAGAGAUUGCGGCAGAUACGAGAUCAUCCACCAGACCAUGCUCCGACCCUGUCCGAUCUGUUUGCUCGACAGCCUCAAACGCCCCAAUGAUGAUGUCUUUCGCCAAUUCCUCGCAGUGGAAGCUCAAUUUGCCAUAGUUUACGGGGACGAGUGUCGUACAGCGGCGGACCAUCUCUUCAAUUAUUACAGCCUCCACAAAGAGAGUGCGAAAAUGGAAAAAACGUCUUGGGUGCACACGAUUCCAAAAGCCCAGGACGUACAGGACUGCAUCACAGAGUUUAGUGAAGCUCCUUCCUACGCCAUCACUAUCGACCAAGCCUUGAAGGAGCCAAUGGGCUGCGAGUCUGCAUACCACAUAAACAUAAGACUACUAACCUUUCUGCUUUUCGAGCGUUUGCGGGAACUUUGGGGUAAGCCCCCUUUGGCAGAAGACGACAAGGAGCACAGUGCUGGCGACAAAAACAAGAAGAAUGACCAUGGAGCUGAGGAACACGGAGAGAUGCUGGAGGUCGAGGAUGUGACUGCUUUUUGGGCAAGCGGGACAAUGAUCGACCAUGUGAACUUUUAUCUGGGGGUACAGAGCACCUUAGUCACGGCAGAGAGGGAAUUGUGGUUCUAUACAUACGAAGUAAAUCCAAGGUUGUACCGUAGGAUUAGCGAUGGAAUAUGGUCACACUUUGGAAGUGUUUGGAGAAGGGUCUUGUACAUUUCGGAGGUUGUCACGCUCUCUGAUUUAGAUGCCAACCAUCGACAAUGCGGGAUUUGUCUUGAGGAGUACACCAAUGAGAGCGAGAUCUUCAAGUUGCCAUGCGGACACGCUUGGGACAAAGAGUGCUUGCGAAAAUGGUUGGAGUCUGACUGGGAAAGAAAGGGCUAUAACCCAAACCUUUUGGAAGAAGAGGAAGAAGAGGGCGAGGAAGGAUUCGAAGAGGACGAAGAAUUCGAAGAUGACGAUCCAGAAUAUUCUGGGGACGAAGAUGAAGCAGAUGGAAGGGAAGAGGACGAAAACGAAGAAGAGUUUGAGGAUGAGGUUCUCCACAAUGGCCAAAACCCAGAAGACGUUGAGGAGACAGUUGAGACGCACCUUCCAUUAAAAGUUUGUUCCCUCUGUAACAAAGAUUUUGGCAUUUCUGGACCGAAUUGCGGCCCUUUCACAAAGAUAUUCCUCGAGACUUUGUUUGCGGGUGAGGAUAUUGAUGCACAUGCGGUUGAAAUUAGAGAGGAGCUCAAACGACAUCUUACACCAGGGUGGUCGGAUAUCUCAGUUGAACAAUUGUUUACUCCUGAUGAUGGAGAUGCAUGA